GCCUGCCCACCCGCGAGUUUCAAAAAACAGUGUGCUGCCGAAUGGUUCAUGUACGGUCGUACGUCCGCUGGUCUCGGUUCGAUCCGCUGUCGUGAUUGCCGCAUGGUCACUCGUAUCGCCGACGUCGUAUAGAGAUUUAAUCGUAAAAAUCGCAGAGAUGUUUUGUCCGUUCAGCUCCGGACGCCCCGGUGCAGUGGCUCCGCCGACAGCAAACGCAACGCAGACUGAACAACAACGACCUUUAAAUCUGAAGCAUCUCAGCGCAGCUGUCAGAACUCUUACUUCGCCACCGAAUGAUGUGAUUUAUUCGGCUUUCAAGUCCAUAGUCGAACAAACCGAAUGUCCGGCGUACAGUAAAAUACUGGACGAGCUACCGAAUGACUUCUCAAGCUCUGAAAUUAAGUUGUUGGAUAUAUUGUAUGAUUCUGCACAAGUCGUAUUUGGUGACGGUGCCAAAGUAAUCGAAGCCGUUGGCGCGACGCUCAUACAAGAAUGCCGCGACGACCGGCAAAUCCGAGCGCUGAAGAGUUUGGGCGGCAACCUGUACCACUUUCUGACCACGUUGGACGGCGUGCACGACGUCCUGCAAAUGGGUGACGAUAAGGAAGCCAGUUCUACUUUAACGUGCCGGCCAGGCGAUGAGCCAGGUGUAUUGGACUUGACCCUUCGGACUAGUAGACAAGAUGGAAUACGUGUGGCCCACCUGUUGACCGGCACACUGUCCGGUGUCGCAACCAGGUUCUAUGGGUCACGACCAGAUAUCCGACUUGGCACACAUCCAAGUGACCCGUCAUUGUAUAGGUACACAAUAAAGACCACGGUCGACGAUGAAGACGUUCAAGACUCUACUCCGUUUUUGUCGCAUCGAGCCAACGAUCUUAAAAUGGGUGUAACGAGCUUCUGCAAGGCUUUUCCGUGGCACUUGGUGUUGGACAAACGACUAGAGUUCGUACAAUUAGGCUCUGGGUUUAUGAAGCUUUUCGGAAAAUGCCUACAACAAUUUGGUCGAUCAAUUCACACGUAUUUCAAGAUCAGAAGACCGAAAAACGUUCGGCUCUCGUUCGACGGUAUCGUGAACAGGGCAAACUCGCCGUUCGUGUUGACGCUGUGCCUGCCCGAGCCGCUUAAUCACAAUUCAGCCGAGGGCCUGGAGUUCAAAGGUCAAAUGGUGUUGUGCAACGAGUCCGGGUCGUUACUGUACGUCGGUUCACCAUUGCUGGACGGACUGGACAGUCUGACCAGCAGAAGUCUGUUCAUUUCGGACAUACCACUGCACGACGCUACCAGAGACGUGAUAUUAAUCGGCGAGCAAGCCAGGGCUCAGGAUGGCCUUCGGAGAAGAAUGGACAAGUUGAAGAGUUCGAUCGAAGAAGCCAAUUUGGCCGUCGACAAGGAGAGAGAGAAGAACGUCAGUCUUUUGCACACAAUUUUCCCGCCAAACAUCGCCAAACGGCUCUGGCUCGGAGAGACUAUCGAAGCGAAAACGCACGACGAGGUGACCAUGCUGUUCAGCGACAUCGUCGGCUUCACGUCCAUCUGCAGCACCGCCACGCCGUUCAUGGUCGUCAACAUGUUGGAGUCCUUGUACAACAAGUUCGACGCUUACUGCGGACAUUUAGACAUAUACAAGGUAGAGACAAUUGGCGAUGCCUACUGUGUGGCUUCGGGCCUGCACAAGUUCAGUUCGAUACACGCUCAGCAAAUCGCAUGGAUGGCUCUGAAGAUGAUCGAAACGUGUAAAACUCAUCACACACAUGACGGGAAACCGAUCAGAAUGCGAAUCGGAUUGCACACCGGAUCGAUAUUGGCCGGCGUGGUCGGCGUGAAAAUGCCAAGAUAUUGCUUGUUCGGCCACAACGUGACGAUCGCCAACAAGUUCGAGUCAGGUAGCGAACCACUCCGGAUAAACGUCAGUCCGACUACUCAUCAGUUGUUGAUGAAGACCCCCGGAUUCUCGUUCGAGGAGAGGAGCCGGUCGUGUCUGCCCGUCGGGUUCCCUGAGCACAUACCGGGCACGUGCCAUUUCCUGUUGUCGUACGCGCACCCCGACAUGUCGGCCGACGGCGCGACCGACUUGGACGCUCACGUCACCGCCGGCUUGCGACAGCUCACGUUGGACAGCUGAACGAUACCGCCACAUCCACCGCCGCCUCCACCGCCGACGCAGCCAUCGCCGUCUCUUCGUAGAUGAUUACAAAAAUAUUAUUAUGAUAUUAUACACACGCGCACAGGCGGAACGACGUCGAGGCUUAUUAUAAUAUAUUGUAAUUUUUGUUUUUUUUUUUUUUGUUUUUGCCCACCCGUAGAAGUGCACUCACCACAGUAAUAAUAUUGAACAUAUUAUAUUAUAUUACGAUGAUAAUAAUGAUAAUAUGCCGAUGCGAGGGAAAACGUAAAAAAGGAAGAAAAAAAAUGUUAUAGUUUGAUUAUUAUUAUUAUAUAGCUGUAGAGUCCAGUCGUCUCAUAUAUAUAUAAUAUAUAUAUACGAUGAUAUAUGUAUACCUCCUAAUAUCCUUAUCCUGUCAUCCGGCCCGUCGGAACAAAACACCGCCGGACUUAAAAGCACUCGAUUCAUGCAUCACGAUUCCUGCACACUUCGCUCACCUAAAUUUUAAAUAAUGAUAAUAAUACAUUAUAUUAAUUAUUAUGACAUCGCCCGUCGCCGACGGUUGAAGUCGCGUGAGAUGAACACAUUAUAUACUUAUAUAUUAUUUGUACAACAGCUAAAUCAUUCUCUCGCGGCCUAAAAUAUUUAUAAUAUUAUUAUAAUAAUAUGAUCAAAAACAUAUGACGAUUAAAAUAUUAUUAUAAUGUCCAACAACGGUGACGUUAUUAUUUCUUUUGGAUUUCUUCAUUUAUCUCCAUAAUAUAAUAUAAUAUAAUACUUUAUAUUGAACGUAAUAUAAAAAAAGUCUUUCGAGCGUGGUCUCCUUUUCCGUAUUUACCGGCGGCGCAAUACCCACUACACGUCGGCGACGACAGAUAUUCAUUUUUUUUUCUUCAAUGUAUAAUAUAGAAUAAUUAUUAUUAUUAUACAAAACGGUUCUGCGAUAUAAUAAUAUAGAGAGUCGGUAAGGAAAAAAAACCAUUUUAACGAACGCCAGCGAUAAUUUUAUUCUAUAGAAUCACUUCGAAAAAUACGGCUCACGGAGACUGAUGGUAUUAAAAACCCUGUACCUAUAUCCAAACGCUUUUGUUCCACUGUACAGUGGGUGAAAAAAAUUACUGAUAUAGAAUAUUUAAGAAAAAUCGUUUAAAUAUUUCUGGAAAUUAAAGGACUAAAAAAAAAAAAAACGGGUUCUCCAGUAGAUAAUAUUCGUCUUUAACAAAAUCUCUUCGGAAAUGAAUUCUUUAAAAUAAUGUACAGGAAACGGAUAUAAUAAUAAUAAUAAUAUGAUCAAAGUAGACCAAGAACAAUUUUAAAAAUUAUUAUGCAUCUGACAUAAGAGAAGAAAAUACCUACCUUUGGCUAAUGAAAGGCGCCAAAUAAUAACUUUUGUAAAUUCAGUAUAUUCAAAAGAACUUAAUCAGAAAUUUAAAUAACAACAUUGAUAAACUUGUUUUUUUCUACCAAGAUUAUUAUACUAGUAGUUUCAUUAAAAUCAUUUUAUUUUAUUCGCUAUUUUAUCCAUGUAAUUCCUACCUAGUACUUAAUAGAACUGCUGCGCGAGAAACGAUUCCAAGACAAAUCAUUCAGUGAAAUUAGAAACCAUAAAUCUAUCAGAAAACACUGACCUAUAUAAUAUGAUUUAAAUAUAUGUGAACACGAUAAAAAAAAUACAAAGCGUUAAAAUUUCAAAAAAAAAUUUUUUUAAUUAGAUGAGAUAAUAAUAUUUAAAUUCAAGAAAAAAUUAUUACAUUGAGUAUAUGGUUGAGUAAGGAACAAUAGAUACACCGAUCGGAUGAAUUAAUCACUUUUGUACAAAGAUAUUUCCAAAAAUAAAUAUGCUUAUAUUAAGACACUUUGACUCUUGUUUCACGUCCUCUUUUUCUUUAAUCUCUUAGAAUCUUCCUAUGGUGUAAAAAAUAAUUAAUACAAACAAAAGGAAAAAAAUCUCCUGACAAAAAAAAACUAUUGUGAUCAACGUUAUUUCAUAACGAGUUUUGUGUUCCUAGUGUUUAAUGUUUCUAUCGUUUAUCGUUUUAACACGUGAAUAUAAAUAUUGUAGUUAAAUUAUUAUUAUGUAUUAAGAAUAAUAUAAUAUUAUUGUAUGUUACAACAAUAAUAAUAAUAAUAUUGAUAAUGUUUUAUUGGAUAUUAUAUUAUAUUAUUGCCAUCGCAUUAUAACACUAAACUUAGAAAUAAUAUUCUAUUGAUAAGUCUAUAUACAUACAUAUAAUAUUAUGUAUAUUAUAUAUUUUAAACGUUUGCUUUUGUCAAAAAAAACUAUUGCGUUACUUGACUAAAAAUUAUUAUUAACACUACAAUAUUAUUAUAAUAAUUUAUUAUUGUUUUUUUUUCUUUCUCUCUGUACUUACUACAACUGCUACACUGGUGUGAUAAAAUAUUAUUAUGAGAAGAGAAAUAUAUGUAAUUGCGUUUACGAUUUAGAUUGUUACGCUGACGCGUCUGUACAACA